AUGUCAAGCGGAGGGUUUGGAAACACCGGUCUGUGGGGCCUGGCUACAGGCUUUGGCGCCGCAAAUACGUCGCUGCAGGCACCAGCUUCGUCGUUUGGCACGCUGGCACCGGCGGCAGGCGCCAACGCCAAGCGGCCGGCGAUCUCGCUCGGAUCGGGUCCCGCGUCCUCGGGCGGCCUCUUUGGCAAUUCCACCACGUCUAAUCCUUCGACUACUACGGGAGGAGGGUUGUUCGGCAAUUCGGCUUCGAACAAUGCCGCCAAUUCUGGUACAAGCGGCGGCCUCUUUGGCAACACCGCGACCAAUGCCUCCAACACCGCCAGUGGUGGGUUAUUUGGCAAUUCUGGGGCUUCCACCGCGAAGCCAGGAGGGCUUUUUGGUAAUACCGCCACGUCAACAGCAGCUCCAACCACUGGAGGCGGUUUAUUUGGCAACUCCGGUGCCAACAAUACCGCCGCAUCCGGAGGCCUUUUUGGCAACUCCACCACAUCUGCAGCCAAACCUGGUGGUCUCUUUGGCAAUACUGGGGCCAACACCACCACCACGGGAGGUCUCUUUGGUAAUAACACGUCAACGGCGGUCAAACCAGCGGGUGGGUUAUUCGGAAAUUCAACUACCAGCAAUACUGCAUCCGGAGGAUUAUUUGGCAAUACUACCACUAAUAACACUACAAGUGGCGGGGGGCUUUUUGGCAACAGUUCUAAACCAGCUACUGGAGGUCUCUUCGGUAAUUCUGCUCAGCCUGCCACUGGAGGUCUCUUUGGCAAUACUGCCACAAACGCGACGGGCGCCGCCUCCAGCGCAACCAAUCCUUAUGGUGCUCCAUCGCUUCUCAGCCUGCUCACUGUCAACGGGCUGCAAAUGCCCAAGCUGCUUACUCAAGACUUGCACGUGGGGCUGUUCAAAGAUACCCCGAAGAAACGCAAGUUUUCUUAUCUCGACAAACUGGCUCUGGAACAGACGGUGGCGACGCCGUCCAACCUGUUAUUGAAAAGGCUUGGAAAGACACUUCGCACAUUCAGACAACUGGCGUCACUUGCCAAUCCGCUUCGAGGCCUAUUUUCUACCCCUACGCCGAAAGAGACACUGGCGCUACCCACCAAUACAACCUCUCUUGGCACGUCAAAGACGCUGUUGGGGACUAAAGGCUUGACCCACACUCGUAAAUUCCAACUGAGACUCAGGGGAGGUCAAGGCUCACUCAAACGGCUCAUCAUUAAGCUGAAGCCCAUCAAAUACCAUUUGAUUAAUGCCAACCGCGUGCUUUUGAAUCGACGCCCUAAGCUUGUGGACACGGCGCCUGGGGCGCUUGCGAACGCCCGGCUUGUGGUAGACGAAGAUGAGGAAAUCGACGACGAAGACAACGUCGAUGCUAAGAUCGAAGGCCUGGUCCGGUCGCGGGCGAAGUCGCUGGUGGUAUUUGCCGGGAACCUGGUACCGGCGGUGCCGGAUGACACUCCCGACAAGGAAAGCUACACUACCGAGGAAGACUCAUUGGCGCCACCCCUGCUUCCAUUGGACUACUACAUUUACCCCCUGCUCAGUGAAAUCGUUUCUCAUCCGCAUCAAGUUGAAGACCUUGUCAUCGGGCGCAAGGGUCACCUGAAAAUCGCCUGGGCACGUCCCGUGGACUUGCUGCAACUUGUCGCUCGUUGCCAAAGACAAACAGAAGGUCGCGUUGAGGAAAAACUCGCUAAUGAACUUAUUGACAACGUGGUUAGACUUCACGGCACUGUCGUUGAAGUUUAUAACACACCCGGGUACCCAAAGCCACCUAUGAGCCACGAACUCAACGUCCCUGCGGUAAUUAGUGUGGAAAACGUGCGGCCAAAACCCGAUCAGCUGGUGCACGACUUCAUCGCUUUCUUGAAGAAACAGACCGGGAUGGAGUUUCUCACUUACGAUCCGCAUACUGCUAUCUGGACGUUCAGAGUGCUCCAUUUCAGCGUGUGGGGGCUUUUGGACGACAGCGCUGAUGCUAGUCUUCGGCAACUUAAACAGCAGCAAGACGCCGAAGAGGAUCAGCUGCGUCUUGAGUACAGCCGGGUGUAUGAGCAGGACCAGUACCGUGACGCUGUUCGCAAAGCCAAAGUGGGCAUUCGCGGCGCCGGCGUGCCUGGUCACUGGGAUGCUGGUGCUGACGGCAGCGACCCCAGUCUGCCGCUUCUGGUAAAACAGCGCCAGGUAGCCGAGCAGGUGAAGCUAAACGUUAUACGGGCGAAGCCGGGGAUGCUGGCGCUCGUGCGGGAGGCUGAUACUCUGAUGGAUCUGGAAGUGGAGUCUGAGGACGAGGUGAUGGGGGAAGUAGAGCGUAUUGACGACGAGGCGAUGCUGGUGCUGGAACCGGUUGAUAAGACCCACUACUUACGCCAACUUCUCUUAUCGACUCCCUACGCGGAUAUGGCGGCGGUCGUGGAUGAAAAGGCGUACGAACCCACGAUCGACGACGCGAGCCAACUUGACCGCAUGCUCCAAUGGCCCGAUUUGCCGACGACAAAGCUGUGGCUUGUUCAGCUUGAGCUUGCCGAUGACUACAACUCACUGGUGGUACCGACGCCACUGGAAGUCAUGGCGGCGCCGAUUGACCGACCCGCCGACAUUGAGCGCCAGCUCUUCCCUGCUGAUAUACUGCGGCCGCUGCUCGAAAAAACUUCACUGGAACCGGCGGCUUUGCGAGACACGGUUAAAGCGCCGCUUCCAUUGGUGAAUGGCGACGAUGCUAACGAUUUAGUCGAUGAAGUGCGCUGUCACGCCCGCAUUGAGCCACGCUCACAACUGAAUUUUCCCGUGGUCACUGGUUACUCCGCCGAACUCUCAUUUGCCGCUCUCUCUCGGCGCUGUGUACUUCGAGACUCGGUUUUAUACCAACUUGCACUGGCACUUUUUGACCCAGUUCCCAUUGCCUCAGUGCUGAAUGACCCCUCGGUGGAACUGAGAUUGGCAGAACUCGGGCGCCAACAAAGAGUUGUGCUGUGGCUCAAAGAAUACAAUCGCAAAUACGUUGACGAUUUUGCCAAAACCACCUCCGAUUCCUUGGCAGUGGCAUUGUGGCGUCUUUGUGCCGGUGAUUUGGAGGGAGCUAUUGCCGCUAUUCCCACAAGCUCGCCCCACUUGCGGGCGGUGCUUGUGCUUGCUGAUGCCCACGAUGAAGCCGCUCGCACUUUUGCUCGAAACCAAUUGGAUGAUUGGGCUACACGGGGUCAGGCUAAUAUUCCUGAGCCAGUUGUCCACAUGUGGCAAAUCAUCGCUCAAGACUUUGCCCCAACUGAAACGAUGCCAUGGCUGCUUCAGCUCGCCACUCGACUCCGUUAUGGUGAUAACAGCCAACCGCUUUCGGUGGUGCUUGGCGAGGUGGAAACGAAGAAUUCGCUCAGCGUGCUCAUGAAGGCAUACCAUUUACUGGCACUGGAUCCGUCAGCAGCACUUACAUACAUUGCUGAAUCAGGUUUGGAUAUCAAAUUCAAGUGGACGGUUUUCCAGGUGUGCCGCAAUUAUAGCGGCGACUUCACCAACCUGAGUGGCGAUGGCAUUGCAAAGAAGUUUGCCCACUACCUCAAUCUCCAACGUCUCUACGUUGCGGCAGUAUUUGUUAUCCUGACCAUUACCAAAGACGCCGACGCAACCACUGAGACUCGCUCAAUCAUUCUUGAUCAUAUCAAAGAUAUGAGCGAUGAAGAUGUUGCGACUAUCAUCACUCAAUUGAAUGUGCCACAGGCGCUUGUUCUGGAAGCUCGAGGGCGCCAGCUGGGAGACAACGGCGACUACUGGCAACAGUGUCAGUACUACAUUGAUGCUCAGCUUUGGAACGACGCCAAUGACGUCAUCCUCAAUCAUUUGGGACCCGAAGUCGUCACAACUGCCACACGCGGUGAAGAGCUCAUUAAGUUAACGGCACAAAUUCUUCAAAACGGGUUCAUUAUUCAAAAAUGGACCCAAGGCGGUGAUAUUUAUGUCAAUUACGCCAAGCUUAUGUUACACAAAGAUGAACUGGUGGUGAAGCCGUUGUUAGACAACCUUCCAUUUUUGCAAGGGGACCUUGACUCGCGGGUGGUUAAAGUCGCUCGCGCCAUCAUGGCUCGCACGGUGGGCGACGCAGCUUUGGCUCAAGGCGAAUCACCGCUUGCAAUCACCAAGUUGCCGUUGGCUCCUGUCGACGCAAAUUACUUUCGCUUAAGACUUCAGUGA